AUGCACUUUUUCACGCCUUUAGUAGUGCUCGGUGCACUAGCAACUUCCUCUACUGCAUUACCCCAUAAUAAAGCCCGGGAAGCCUCGGAGUUCCAAUUUGCCGACUAUUGUUACCCAAAUCCUUGCGCUGGAAUCGUCUCCCAAAAUGACAGCUAUGUCUGCGGCGACUCACGUUUAGGCCCCGUGAAAGCGCCGAAGAAGUUCCCCCUUAACAAUGAAUUGCGCACAUACGCACGAUUUGGUUCUCUCUGCCCUGUUGACUUCCUCGAGAAAUGGGCCGGAUCUAUCAAUUCUAGCGCAUCAUACGAAUACCCUCCUUCCAACGGCUUCGUUGUUGAUACCAAAGACGCCCCAAUCUUAGGAAAUGCCACCCUGUCUGUCGGUCAGAAGGUUGAUCGCUUUGGCUCCGAGUACGGCUCAUUCCUGGCACCACUGGGUUCGCCCUAUAUUCAACGCUCGUUGCCGCCUAGCAACUUAAUCACCUAUGACGGCGAUUAUCCCUUCAAUUAUCAUGUCUAUGAGGUAACCAAAAGCUUCGAUGUUGGACUGGGGCCUAUUGCGCCGUGGUUUGAGCAGCCGGGUAUGGGCACCCAGUUUUUAGCAUACGAUAACGUGAAAACCCUGCUACAAGGCGGUUAUUUGCGUCGUCUGGAGCCUGAGCAGUACGAUGAGGCUGUGGAAUAUUCAAACAGCUAUACUACUGGGCCAUCUAAUUAG